GGGACUACAGCGAGACGCCUCACGCUUCCCGCUCUACGAACUACGCCGCGUACGCACACAUUUUUCAGCGAAAACGCGUGUUAAAAGGAAUUAAUCGGACAUAAUAUGCAUCUGCGAUUUAUUUUCUGGAUUCGUAAAGCUACAAAGUACAGUGAUUGUGAAGUGCUUGCAAGAGUUUUAGAUACAAUUCAUCCUUAUUAUACAUUUGUUGUUUUUGAAUAAGUGAUUACGUUAAACUAUUACUUUUAGAUAAAAACAAGUAUUAGCUAAAGACAACUUGUGAAAAUCAUAUGACUUGUUAAUUAUAUCGAAGUGUUGCAAUGUGUUUUUAAAGUAAUCACAAGUGUAAAAAUGAAGAAAAAAAAUCAAGUUCAAUCUACGGAACGACCGAAUAGGAAGCGAAGGUUGUCACGUGAGAAAACAACAAAACUAGCUAGGGUCGCAAGAGAAGAAGCACGACCUAAGCAGGCGGCCCAAAAUAACACAAUAACAUUUAUCUAUGGUGGAUGCGAAACAUUAUCUUGUGGUGAAGAAGCUGCAUGCAUUCAACACAACAAUACUGUGCAUUACUGUGUAUGCACAUCCAAUGCUGAACCCGCCAAAGAAGGUGUUAAAUGUCCACGAAGUACAGUGCCCCUGACUCAGCGUCAAGCUAUCCACAAUGUAAUCCCACCGCGGCCGUCAAACGCCACCGACCUCAGAUACCCACCGUCAUCGCCAACCGCUCAAGCACCGAAUUCACUGGUAAGUAGUGAUAUAAUAGCAGAAGCAACGGCAAGUAGCGAUGCAGCCAUUUUAGGAUCAGGAACCUACUCCAGUGCGAGUGCCCCAGUGCUGUUGAGCAUGGCAGCAGGAUGUGGAUUACUAUUGCUUAUAGUUUCUAUAGUUAUAUUCUACCUCAGAAGACGGAUAUGUAAAAUCGAUAGAAAAGACAAACCGCGUAUUCGGCCAGGAGAACCACUACUUGCUGAACGGUAUAUAACGAACCCGCAGUACGGCGUGUGCGGUGCAGGGAAUGUUUCGGCCCCGGUUACUGUGCCAGGAUCUCCUGCUCCACCACCAUCAAAUAAAGGAAACGAGCCGCAAGUUACACUCUUAGAAAGAAGUGCUUUAACGUUCCUGGAAGAAGUCGGGGAAGGAUGCUUCGGGAAAGUUUAUAAAGGGGUUCUCAGAAGUAGCACUGCUGAAGAGCAGGUUGCUAUAAAGGUCCUAAAAGACAGCGCUGGACGCAGCGCAGAAGAAGAUUUUGUAAGAGAAGUUUCCAUAAUGUCAGCAUUCCGUCAUCCUAAUAUAUUAACACUAAUAGGCGUAGUAUACAGAGAUGAUACAAAUGUUAGUCCAUGGAUGGUUUUUGAGUACAUGGAGUGGGGUGAUUUAGCGGGAGUAUUACGCGGUUCUCGGGGAGGGAGACGACCAGGUUUAGUUCUCGAUGAAUCGGCUUUACUGCACGUAGCUCUGCAAGUGGCGCGUGGAAUGCAAUAUCUGGCAUCCAGAAGGUUUGUGCACAGGGAUCUGGCUGCAAGGAAUUGUCUAGUAGGUACUAAUUUAGCUGUUAAAAUAGCAGAUUUCGGGAUGUCUCGAGAUGUUUACACAUGUGAUUACUAUAAAAUGGGUCGUGAGCGACCCAUGCCUGUGCGAUGGAUGUCACCAGAAAGUAUUGUUUAUGCUAGAUUUACUCAUGAAUCCGAUGUUUGGUCUUACGGUGUAGUUCUUUGGGAAAUUUACAGUCGAGGAAAACAACCGUUUUACGGUUGUAACAACUAUGAUGCUUCAAAGAAAAUUUUACGGGGAAUACUUCUUGUGCCACCAGAUGACUGCCCACGAUUCGCAUGUGAACUAAUGAGAGCAUGCUGGACAAUAGAUCCCAGGGAUAGAAUAAUGUUCGAUGAAAUAUGUAUAAAAUUAGAAGCAGCUCAAGCAACUGGUCCCGAUUCUAGCCCUCAAAUGCGACUACCUCGGCCACCGGUGGGACCUUUAGAAUCAGAAGGUUACUUAGUUCCUAAUCCACCACCCCCCACUGUAGAUUACUUAAAACCUCUACCAGACCUUGACCCAGACUCCGACUUCAGUGAAGAUGAAGACGUAGAAGAAUAUACUUGACGUCCGGACCCCGCGCCCAGCUCGCAAUAUGUUCCCCGCUCUUCACCCUUGGCUUCUGCAAGGUGGACUACCUUCACAUUCCUAUCACGAAUAGAUAAUGAAUAUUUUGAGUGCUAAAUAAACACUCGCUAUAGUGGAUAACCAAUCUAAAACUAUUUAGAUGGAAUGUAAUGUCUGAAUUAUUAAUGUAAAAAUAAUACUCAAAUAUAUUAUGACGUGUGAAUCGUGUGAUAUUAUAUGUGUUUUAAAAUAUGAGUGCGUGUGUAUUUGUGUGAAUAAUUAAAUAACCUUAAAAUAUUAUAGAACAUCAUUUCGAAUAUUGUGCCAUAUAAUUAUUAUAUACCAAAAAUAUAUGUGAUGGUCUUUAAUGGAUUUAUUACAAUUCUAUAUUUUAUUCAAAUGUAACUAAUACGUGUAGCUAUAAGCUUAUAUGUAUCUUGUACAGUACCAGUCACGUAUAAAAUAAAUGUAUUCAUUUACAAAAAUAUGAUGAUCAUUGUUAGUAAAAUGUAUUUAAAUAUUGUACUGUAGAUGUGUUUUGUAUAAUGUGUAAAAUAUUAUUUUUAUUCAAUUACAAAAAUUAAAUUAGAUUUAUGUAUAUUAAUUUUGACGAUAACAGUACGCCAGUUUUCGUCUGUUUUGAUAAAUGUACAGUUUAAUAAUAAUUGUUAAUACAUAUUUAUUAAGGUAUUAUUUAUUUAUAUACUGAAAAUAAUGUGAAUAUACUAACUUUAACUUAAAUGCCAAAUUAUCAUUUAAUAAGAAAACCCUACUGAUAAUGAUAUACAGAACAACAAAGCUAGCUACAACAGCGCUAAAAACUAUAAAUACUUAUAUAGGUAAUACGUAUAUUUAAGAGUAUACAGAUGCGACGAAGUAUUUUUUUAAGGAUUAUUAUUACAAUAUCAAUUAUUGUUAUUGUACUUGUAAUUAAAAAUGCAUCUCUCCUACCAAUUAACUUGUCAAACAUGUCAUAACCGUCUUUGCAAAAUUCGCGUGAUCUAAGUUGGCCGGACAGAAAUCAGUCACGAGUGGUAUAUCGCUAAGCGGUUUGGAAUUAAGAGUUUUUUACUUAUUUCGAUAGACUUUCCGUGUUAACGUACGAUUUUUUAAUUACGAAUAUUGUCAGAAGACGGCAUCGUUUUCAUUCCAUACAAAUCGCAAUUAUCGUCAACGCUAUCGUAUAAGUAUAAAAACUGUCACACAGGCACGCAGAUAUAAAAUUUUAGGAACAAAAUCUAAGAUAAUAGUUAUAGUUUAAUAUUUAUCGUAUUUUGAGACGAAAGUCUCGAAGAGUCUUAAAUUCAGCCGACCAACUUUGUCUCGCUUAUUGUACUGUCUAACUCAAAAAUAGUAAAUUAUAGCUUAAUAUUUAACAUGUAAAUACAUAGACAUAUUUAUAUUAAUAAAUAAUUUCUUUUUUUUACAUAGAUUCAGUUCUACAUAUUGUGUAGUCAUAACUUUUAAUAAAAUAUACUAAAGAGUAUUCUGAUUAGAUUAAUUGUAAAUUUUAUAGAAACAAAAAGUACCUAUUUUUUUAAAGAGUACCUAUUUUAAAAAGUAUACCAUUAAAUAUUAAUACUCGAUUUUAAUUAAAUGGGUAAACAAUAUAUAUAUUUAAUUCUAUAGCAAUUUAAUAAGUCAUAAAAUAUUUAAAAAGUUGAAAUAAUAUUUUAAAAAAUAUGUAUAAA